UUCUUGAAUUAUAUUUAUGUAAAAUAUAUUUCAUAUUUCUUAGCAUAGUUCUUUGUGUAAAAGAAAGUACAUUUGUAUCAACAUGGCAAAGUUUAAGUUGAAAAAACCAUCAAAGAGGCAGCCAGCUCGUCUCCGUUACAAAAUAGAAAAGAAAGUAAAAGAACACAACAGAAAGUUAAAGAAAGAAAACAAGAAGAAUCCAAAAUCAAAGAAGGCCAAGCCUAUACAGAUCCCAAAUGGAUGUCCGUUCAAGGAUGAUAUUUUGAAAGAAGUAGAAGCUGUCAAAAAGCACAAGGAGGAAGAAAGACAGAAGAAGAGAGAGUUAGCAAAACUUGAGAAACAAAAGAAAAUGGAAGAGAAGAAAAGCAGUAAUGUCAGUAUGGGAUCAUUGGUAGAAAAUGCACAAGCUAGAGGUAAAGUCCAUGAUGCCUUCAAAGGGGAUGAGCCCACAGAUGACAUAGAGUUUGGUAAAGAUAGGAAACAGGAGAACUCGCUCAAGACCUUCUACAGAGAGUUCAAAAAGGUUAUAUCAGAGGCUGAAGUCAUUCUGGAAGUAGUUGAUGCCAGAGAUCCACUUGGCACCCGUUGUUCACAAGUAGAGGAGGCUGUCCGUGAUGCAGGCAAGCGUCUGGUCCUAGUGCUGAACAAAGCAGACUUAGUACCUCGUUCCAACCUAGAAGCAUGGCUGAAGUAUCUUCGUAGAACAGCCCCAGCUGUACCAUUCAAGGCUUCCACACAAGACCAGCAGCACAACUUAGGAACGAGGAAAAUGAAACAUGUUGUUAAGGAGAAACAAAUGAAAGGAUCAGCUUGUGUAGGAGCAGAACUAGUAAUGAGCCUCCUAGGCAAUUACUGUCGCAACAAAGGUAUCAAGACAUCGAUUACAGUGGGUGUGGUUGGCCUACCCAACGUCGGCAAGAGUUCCAUCAUUAACAGCUUGAACAGGUCCAAAGCCUGCAAUGUUGGCAGCACUCCUGGAGUUACCAAACAAAUGCAAACAGUACAGUUGGACUCGAAGAUCAAAAUCCUGGACAGUCCUGGUAUAGUGUUCCAAUCUGGUCCAGAGAGCGACUCGUCGGUGGCGCUGAAGAAUGCAGUGCGCGUGGGCAGUCUCAAGGACCCCGUCACUCCGGCCACUGCUAUACUGCAACGUGCGAACAAACAUACACUCACUGAGUUAUACAGUAUUCCGGAGUUUAAUACACCUCAGGAAUUCUUCGCGCACCUAGCGUCCCGUAUGGGCAGGUUCAAGAAGGGCGGAGUGCCCGACCAGGAGUCUGCUGCAAGGAUACUACUCAACGACUGGAAUACUGGCAAAGUCAGGUAUUUCACAUUGCCACCCGAAACACCAGAGUCUGACAUUCACGUAGACGCCAAGAUAGUGUCGACCAUAGCUGCAGAGUUCGAUAUCAACUCCUUUGAGGCCAUGGAGACGGAAGCCAUCAACGAACUGGCUGCUCACGAUACUGGAGUCGAAGCUAUCAAGAUGACAAGCACAGGUCCUGUCAAAGCAGCCUUAGAAGAUGAUAUGCAAGUCGACGAAGAAGAGUCUUUACUCCCAAAAUCAGUUAGUAUAGGCUCAAGAAUAAAUAAAAAGAACAAACCUAAAGAGAAACAGAAAGAGAAGGAAGACCCUGAAAUGCUCAUUGAAGGCAAUACCAAACAAAAUUUACUAAGGAAGAAACAAUUUAAAAAAGAUAAAAAGAAGAAAGCAAGGAAUGACAAACAAGCUGUCAACUUAGCGAAUGUUCUAGAAAAUGUUACUAUCACCAACUUCAAGAAGAAAGAUGACUACGAUUUCAAAGAAGACUUUUCUCUAUAA